AUGCGCAACAAUCACCAAAGGGAAGGCUUGACCUCAAACGGGCAAUUGAUCCAACCCAUCCAACCUCCACGCGCUAUUCUCCCUCUAGACGCGUCUGGACAUCUGAACUUGUCCUCAAUCACUGGUCCCACCACUGGAAGAACUGGGAAUAAAGGUUUUGAAGGCUUAACCUACGACGACAACACCAAAACCCUUUACGCGAUGCUCCAGUCCGCCACUAUCCAAGACGGCGGUAGCGCGAAGACGACGAACCGCUACACCCGCCUGCUCGCCUUUAACCUCGCCAACCCCAUCAUCACACCCAAACUCGUCAGAGAAUGGGUCGUCCCUUUGCCUCAAAGCUCAAAGCGCAAAGCGCAAGCGUGCAGUGAGAUUCACUUUAUCAGUCCCGGAAUUUUUUUAGCUUUGUCCAGGGAUGGGAAUGGUCGGGGUGGAGAUGACGCUAAAUCAGGCUACAAGCAAGCCGAUUUAUUCUCCAUCUCCAAGGCUACGGACAUCCACAACACCAAGUUCGACGAUCCGGCUAACCCCAUCUCACCAGGGGGUGUCUUGGAUCCCAGCAUCACGCCAGCGGAAUAUGUGUCUUUCGUCAACUAUCUCGACAAAACCCAGCCGCCGCGGUUUGGGUUACACAAUGGUCACACAUUUUCUGGCCAACCUCUAAUUAUAAUCACCUGUAGCAUAUCUCCUCUUGCAUUCUUGGAUUCCCUGUCGAUAUUUCUUCGUGUGUACUGUACUCAAUACCGUAAUAUAAUGGGCGUUUUUGUUUUUGUUGAAUGA